AUGAAGGAAGUUGUGCCUGGAGUGGAUGAGGGGACAAAUGAGAGUAGGAUUGUUGUUGUUGUGCUUGCUGCUGUUGUGGUUGUGGUUGCGUUUGCGAUUGUGGUUGUGGUUGUGGUUGUUGUUGUUGUUGUUGUUGUUGUUGUUGUUGUUGUUGUUGUUGUUGUUGUGGUUGUGGUUGUUGUUGUGGUUGUUGUUGUGGUUGCGGUUGUGGUUGCGGUUGUGGUUGCGGUUGCUGUUGUGGUUGCUGCUGGUGCUGGUGCUGUUGUUGUUGCGGUUGCGGUUGCGGUUGCGGUUGCGGUUGCGGCUGCGGUUGCGGUUGCGGCUGCGUUUGCGACUGAAGCAUCUGUGGGUAGCGGGGGUGUUUAUAAGGACGCUGUUGAUCAUCAUACACUUCGUACCGGUCAAGUUGACUUUUGCGUUUCUGCAUUUCACGGGAACAUUGAUCGCAGAUGGUGUAUUUAA